CAACUUGACUCGUUGAGGACGCACGAUACUCACAUAAUCCCAAAAACGUCCAUUUCCUCCUGAACGUCCCGAAUUUAAAAAUCUCGCCUUGGGAGCCCGAACUCUUUUUUCUGCUCUGGUACGUUCGUUGUUAACCCUCCUGAAUCCUCCAUUCGCAUCGGUUUCGCAUCGCAUCAAAACUCCCCUCUCUCCUCUUUAAGACUGCCUCAAAGACCGUCAAAACGUCUGACAGCGCCCAAGAUCCACUUGUACCUCGCCCAUUGCGAAUUGUCACCACUCAAUCGCAAGCAAGCAAGCAAGUGUCGAGCUGCCAUCUCUUUUCCGUUGAUCUUUGUUCACCAUCCAAUUUCGGCCGUCGUUUCUCUCCGAGGCACUCUUGUAAAUAUUUCACAGACGCAGCUUUACCUUCAUUAAACAUACCUCACAUCUCUUGCAAUGGCAGCCAAGUCCAUUCUCGAAGCCGACGGAAAGGCAAUCCUCAACUACCACCUCACCCGCGCCCCAGUCAUUAAGCCUUCUCCUCUCCCCAAGCAAGCAACACACAACCCUCCUCCCAAGCUCGCCUCCCUCUACUUCCCGGAAGACCAGGACGUCAACACCAUUCUCGAUCAAGCCGAAACUUCAUACCCAUGGCUGUUGAUCCCAGGAUCCAAGUUCGUUGCCAAGCCAGAUCAAUUGAUCAAGCGACGAGGCAAGAGCGGUCUCCUGGCAUUGAACAAGAGCUGGCCCGAAGCUAAGGCGUGGAUUGCUGAGCGUGCUGGAAAGGCCCAAAAGGUUGAGCACACCGUCGGUGUUCUGCGACAAUUCUUGGUAGAGCCGUUCGUACCUCACCCUGCCGGUACCGAGUACUACAUCAACAUCAACUCUCAAAGAGAGGGCGACUGGAUUCUCUUCACGCACGAGGGUGGUGUUGAUGUCGGUGAUGUCGAUGCCAAAGCCGAGAAGCUCUUGAUCCCAGUUGAUCUUGAGGAAUACCCGUCAAACUACAAGAUCGCCACAACUCUCCUGAAGAAGGUUCCCAAGGGCGUCCACAACAUUCUCGUCGACUUCAUCAGCAGACUCUAUGCCGUCUACGUCGACUGCCAAUUUACAUACCUCGAGAUCAACCCUCUCGUCGUUGUUCCAAGAGAAGAGGCUGACUCCGAUGCGCAAUCCGCUGAUGUCUACUUCUUGGAUUUGGCUGCCAAGCUUGAUCAGACUGCCGAGUUCGAGUGUGGUGUUAAGUGGGCUGUUGCACGAUCACCUGCUGCUCUUGGAAUGGCUGUCGUCAAGGCCACAGAUAACAAGGUCAACAUCGAUGCUGGUCCACCAAUGGAGUUCCCAGCUCCUUUCGGUCGUGAGAUGAGCAAGGAGGAAGCCUACAUCGCCGAGCUCGACGCUAAGACUGGUGCAUCACUCAAGUUGACCAUCCUCAACUCUAAGGGUCGUGUCUGGACAUUGGUCGCUGGUGGUGGUGCUUCAGUUGUCUACGCUGAUGCCAUUGCCAGCAGUGGUUUCGCCGAUGAGCUCGCCAACUAUGGUGAAUACUCUGGUGCCCCAACUGAGACUCAAACCUUCCACUACGCCCGCACUGUCCUGGAUCUGAUGCUCCGCGCUCCUCUCUACCCUGAGGGUAAGGUCCUCUUCAUCGGUGGUGGUAUUGCCAACUUCACCAACGUCGCCUCUACCUUCAAGGGAGUCAUCCGAGCUCUCCGAGAAGUCGCCCCUCAACUCAUCGAGCACAAGGUCCAAAUCUGGGUUCGUCGCGCUGGUCCCAACUACCAAGAAGGUCUUAAGAACAUCAAGUCAGUCGGUCAAGAAUUGAAGCUCGACAUGCACGUUUAUGGCCCAGAGAUGCACGUCAGUGGUAUUGUUCCCUUGGCUCUCGUCCCCGGUAGAUUGGAGCAAAGCAAGGUUAAGGAGUUCAGCGGUUAGACUUUGGGAGGGGAAAGGAAAGAAUGAUAUUUGCUUUGCAUUGAUGACGAGAACCUUUUGAGCAUCUGUUUGAUCCAAGGCAGAUCACGGCGUACAAACUUUGUUUGCUUAGGAAAACCUCUUUUACAAUAGAUACUCUAAUUGUUCAUGGUGUACAGUAACAUACUCUCUUCAUGCACCCGUUUUCCGUGUACCUACUUCAUGCAAGCCCCACUAUGCAUACCAACCCCAGUCUCGCUUCGAGGUCCUUGCCAGCUGGAAAUCACCAAUCACGUGCU